AUGGAGGCAACGGUGCCUGUGCCUGAAGGUUCAUCAGACGAACCACCACCAGUGCAGCAGCAAGAUGAGACGCCGAGGGCAGAGUCUGAGGGAUCCAGCGGAAACCCUUGGGCCCGUUCUGAAGGACGGCGGCUACGUGCCCCUGCUCUUGAGCAAGAGUUCGCGCAGUUUCUCCAGUGGCGACAGGCCAACCAGCCCUACGGCAUGGGUCUACAACCUGGACAUUAUGGAGAUGCUGGUCAAGGUCUAUGGCAAGCUGCGAGGGACGAGCAAGAGAGAACCACAGCGGGACCACUGCUGCUGAAGAACCUCACAAAGGGUCCAUGGGAGGACCUGAAGUACCUGGCCAAUGAUGAGUCAUGGAUGACUGACCCAGAGAAUGGCACCAAACUGGUCAACCUCAGGGGCUCUAGAGAGUUCUAUGGCAAGGAGAAGCGGGAAUCUAUGCUUGCAGCAUGCGCCCGUCUCACAUAUCACCUGAGACGUCAGAAGGGCGAAACCGCCCGAGCCUUCAUGACGAGAUGGGACCCCGCUGAAAGAAAGAUCCGCGAGCACGAUGUCAAGCACCCUCAGGAAUACCUGGGCUUCUUGAUGGUGAAUGCCCUCACACUGGACUCAAAGAAGACCAAGCUCCUUUUGACCUUCACGAAAGGUUCACUGCAGGUGGCUGAUGUCAAGGAUUGGCUGAGGAUCCAUGAGACCGACCUCGACAUGAGCAAUCUUGGCAACGACCGCAAAAAGACGACGGUGAACUUUCUCGUCGACACCGAUGAGGCCAAGGAGAUCCAACUGAUGGACAUUCCUGAAGAGCACGAGUUUGACAACGAGGAGGCCGGACCUUCUCUUGACAACCAUGGCAGACCUUGA